AUGGACCUGCCAGCUUCAGGUUCAGGUGCAGGGGCAGGCACAGGUCCGCUGAAGGAGACUGCGGCCGCCAUUCCCACCGCAAUUCAAAGGACACCAUCGCAGUCCAGCAUUACCAAGGCUUCUUCCCACACCGCGGGUCACCGUUCGAGCUUUGCAGAGAAUAUGCGAAACGCCCCUGGCUCCCCCCGAUCACAACGCCAUCCUUCUUUCACCCAAGCCGCUGUGCAGGAGCUCUUGAACCACCCGCCUGCUGCGAACAAGCAUUCAAACCCUCGAUUUGCCGGCCGGGACUGGCGCGACAUCUCGGUCAACGAACUGGUGUCACCCGAGGACACACUUGUUAAACAUGCUCCUAUGAAUGCCGUCCUCAUCCGCCAAAACGCAUCUGCGACAACAGCUAUCUCCACAUUCGACUACAAUGAUCUGAAUGCCUAUCUGUUAGUCGUCGUUGGCCUUGCCAAUCCUGACGAAGGUCAGGUCCGUCUAUUCGACGAAAUUGCCACCAAGGCCCAGGAUGGCACUCCCAUUACACUUCAAGAUAUACAACCCAUCUGCAGGAAAGAGUCCUUGGUCACGUUACCCUUUGAUGAGACAUUGGACAAGGCCAUUGAGAUUUUCGGUAGCGGCAUCCAUAGGGUCCUCGUCUGUGGGCCAUCAGGUGAUGUUGCUGGUAUGCUGAGCCAGCUCAAAUUAGUCGAGUUCUUCUGGAAUGAGGGCAUCAACUUCCCGGCCAUCGACCGACUCUACCCUGCCAUUCUCCGUGACUUGGCCAUUGGAACCCAGCAGAUUAUUGCUGUAAACUCUGACACGAUUCUGGCCGAAGCCUUGGCUCUCAUGAAUACGGAGGGCUUGACCAGCGUUGCCGUUAUUGACAAUGCUCGGAACGUUGUCGGCAAUAUUUCAACAGCCGAUGUCAAACACCUCACCAAUGCCGCCAGCGCUCCUCUCCUCAAGCAAUCUUGCCUGCACUUCAUAUCAGUCAUACUUAGCGAGCGAGGCGUGGAACACGGACGCGACUCAUUCCCCGUCUUCUACGUAAACCCCUACUCAACUUUAGCUCACACUGUCGCAAAGCUUGUCGCAACGCAUGCUCAUCGCAUGUGGGUAGUAGAAUCGGCUUCACCUUCGCCAUCGGCUCCUGCAACGCCUUUGCUCGGCCCCUCGUCAUCUGUUCUAGUGCCUCCCACGGGUGCGGUACCGCCGUCACCGCUGCCGACGCAACAGCAACACAGCGUGCCGGCCUCUGCGUUGCCGGGACCCAGGCGAGCAACGCGCAAGGCGUCGCCGCAGCUCAAGCUCUUCCAUGCGGCCGAGCAUCGAGUCGGCAAGGGCCAGCAUAGACGCCCGGCGUCCCUGGAACCUGCCAUGGCCUCCGCAGCAGACGCAGAGUUCGACACCUUCUACCUGCAGCGCACAACGCAGGAGUUCGCCCAGGACCUCGACAAGGCCCGGAAGGCCGACGACUUCAAGUCAGACUCAGUUCAGUUUCUCGUUCAUGCGCUGCAGCAGGGUGUGGCUCUCUAUUCCGAUGUUGACAAGACGCGGGUCGUAAGAUCCACGGAGGCCGAGGAGGAGAUUAGGGCAGACGACAAAGAGACUGUUCCUGAAAGCGGCGGUAAGAAGCGAAAAGGCAAGAAGAGCGAUGGUCGGUCAUGA